GAAACUUAGCCUUAGAUAUCAUCUUCGUCUGCUAGCCAGAACCAUUCCCAAGUUUUCACCACCAUCAAGACUAUCGUCCUUAUAUAUUUUGCUCGUAGCCACAAUUAACUCUACUGGAUAAUCAGCCAUGGCAGCAGCCGACGUGCAGCAACCACCAGCCCAGGAGGCAGCACCUGCGUUGCCGGACUACCUCACCAAUCCAGAUGCGGUUCUCGGCGACAAAGACGCAAAGUGGCGAUAUGGAAGGGCACCAGAUUACUCCAAGACACGAAAGAUAUUCGCAGAGACGAAGCAAAAGAGUCAUGAAGCCGGUUCUCUUCCCGAGCUUGUGCAAAACCUCGUCAAGAACUGGGAAGUCGAAGCAUCUUUCAAGCCUAACCUUGACGACUGGCGUACCGUCGACCAUGAGAACUACUCCUUCGCCAUCAACGGCUCUGAGCCCCAGGGCGCGGAGAACAGUGCUCAAGGUGGGCACAUACAACGCCAUCAUCGCGCCCAACGAAUAUUACGACCCCACCUACUCCGACUUCGCCUCGUCGCACAAGACGUUCAAACGCAUGAUGCCCACUUUCGCCUGGGAAGUCCUCGAAGUCUACAGCGGCCCGCCAACCGUCGCAUUCCGCUGGCGCCACUGGGGCGUCAUGAAAAACGACUACGUCGGCAUCAACAACAAGGGCGAGAAAGUGACGGCCAAGCGCACGGCGGACUCAUCGACAUCGAAGCGUGACUGUCGCGAGCGUCACGAUAAAGUACAGUUACAGGCUGUCAGGACGUGAUCGACCCGCUGGAUAUGUUCAGGCAGAUUGCGCCGGACGGCGUGGUGCGGAAGAGGAUGUGCCCAAGGGCGUGAGGCCGGAGGAUGUGGUUGAACAGGCGCAGGAGGGGGUGAAGGUCCCCGCGGAGCAGGAGUUGCCCGAUGCUACGGUGCAGAGUGAGAAGGAGGUGCAGGAGACGAUUAAGGAGAUUGAGAGGAAAGAGGACAAUGGUGAGGCGCUGGGUAUGCCGGUGGGACAUCCGGAGGUGCAGGAGGGGGCGGGAUGUCCCAUGGGAUUCCGCUGAGGGGAUACGAAGGGGGUUUGUUGUGAGUGAAGGAGGAAUGAUACCAUGUGAGAUGAGAUGAGUUCAUGUCUCAGCGACCGCAUUUUGGUGGUUCUAUUGUUUUCGUCUUGUAUGAGAUAUUAGAUAGUUCCUGUCUG